CACUCUUUUCAUGUUGUACACUAGAAGAUAUAAAUAAUGGCGACUGGUGUACCUGGAAUCCGCGUUGGUGAAACUUUGGAAUCUUUUAUAGAUCGUCAGUUGCGUGCACCAGAGGCAUACAGAGAAAGAAUGAGUCAAGCCGUUGAAAGCAUUGUUCGUCAUCUGCAACAUAUGCCUAAUUAUAGUAUCAAGGAGGUCGUUAAGUCUGGAUCACUUGGUAAAGGAACAACGGUUGGUAAUAAUGCAGAUGCUGAUUUGGUGAUAUUUUUUAAUGGCUAUCAAACUAUGGAAGAAUUAAUCGCUGCCAAGCCAAAAAUCAUAUCUGAUAUUUCGACUUACAUGAAUAGAUUUGAUCGAUCUGUGUUUAGUGCCUGUAUUAAGUUACGAGAAAACGGAUACUUAGGCCAGUAUAAAUUAAAGCAUAUAGCAACGAACACCUUCGUGGAAGUAGAUAUUUUGCCUGCUUUAGAUGUCGUCGCACUACGCGGUUCUGUCGAAGGUGUCAUAGAAGAGAUGAGAUAUAAACCUCAAAUAGUUAGAGGUCACUAUUCUGUAUGCUUCUGUAAAGAACAAUUAAGAUUAAUCAGAGCCAAACCAGCAAAGGUUAAAGACUUGAUCAGACUGAUGAAAUAUUGGAAAAAUAGUAAUAGCCUGCCAAUAAGAUCUUACUGUUGUGAAGUGGUAUGUUUGUAUGUUCAUGAUAAAUUCCUUGGUCAGCAAACAAACUUUAACAUGAAAGAAGGUUUCAAUCGAGUGCUGAGAUUUUUGAUAGAAACUCAAACACUACAUACUGUAAUUGACCCUAUGUAUUAUUACAACACAAGAGACUGGUUUUCAGUAUUUCCCACACUACAAGAGGCAGCCAGGAUUCGUCAAGUAGCUAAACAAACAGUUGCAGCUUUAGGAUAAGAAGAUAAAAUUAUCAUACUUUCUUACUUAUUGAUCUACGACAUAAAGUAGCUAUAAAAGUAGAAAAUGAAAUGUGAUUAUUUCUCUAAAACCACAUGUAGUUUAGAAGUAGUAAUUACCACUGUGAAUAAUGAAUUUUCUCUAUCACUUUACAAAUAUUCCAAUAAAACGUUUCCAUUGUGUAUUUUCCUUUAUCUUAGUCAAACAAUAUGCACAUCUGAAUCUGAUUUUGAUAUGAUAGCAAAAUAUUUUUAUGUAGAAAGCAUAAUCUUAAAUCUUAAUAUUGUGUUUGUGUUUAUACUUUGAAUCGUACCAAGUGCAUAAAUUUAUUUGUUUCACUUAAGACAGACUUAUAACGUAGAUAUUAUCGAUAAAUUUCUUUGUUGGACAUUUCAAUAAAACACGAUGAAACUUUUAAGACUUUCAGCACUUGUACCAAGGAUAUCCCCUUUUAGAAUGGAAAAAAAAUUUAAUGUCUCAAACUUGA